UUUCUCCAUUAGCUCAGAGCCCUGCCUCACCCAGCUCGUCCGUCUUUAGCCUAGCUCGUGCCCAGCUGCUGCAGUCAGUUGUUAUGAGCAGUAAGCGCGUGAGGUCCAGCCUCGGAAAGAUGCCAGAAGUUCCGUCCGGAGUUCAAGAGAUGUCCCGGAAAAGAAGCGCUGAGCCCGGUCCGCUUCCAGAGCAGGUCCGGGAGAGGAAAAAGGUCUGCUGGGGCAUUCUGACUAGCCAAGGGUCGUGGGCAGAUCACUCCCCACUCCAUGAAGCAGCUUCUCAGGGUCGACUGCUUGCCCUGCGCACUCUUCUGGCCCAGGGAUGUCACACCAACAUUGUCACCAUUGAUCAUGUGACUCCUCUGCAUGAAGCCUGCCUGUCAGGACAUGUGGCCUGUGUCAGAGCAUUAAUAAAUGCUGGAGCGAAUGUGAAUGCUGCCACCAUCGAUGGUGUCACUCCUCUGUACAACAGUUGUGCCUCUGGGAGUGUCGGUUGUGUAGAACUGCUGCUGCAGAAUGAAGCACACAUACACACAACCCACACACACUUCCCCUCAGCUCUGCACGAAGCCUGCAAGAGAGGUAAUAGCCAGUGUGUGGAGUCCUUGCUGUCUCAUGGAGCAGAUCCAGACUAUGAAGUGUCCCACUUGGGCACUCCUCUCUACAUAAGCUGUCUACACCGACAAACGGCCUGCUCAAAGAUCCUGCUGCACAGAGGAGCCAACGUUAAUGUAGGCAGAGGAGGUGACAGUCCUCUGCAUGCCACUGUCAGACAGGAUAGUGCAGAUCAGGUGUCAGUGUUACUGGAUUAUGGAGCUAAUGUUAACAUCAGAGAUGGUAAUGAUCAGCGACCUGUGGAGCUAGCGCCUGCUGGUGGAAAAACACAACAGCUUUUACUGACAUUUGUAGUUUCUCCGAGGAGUCUCUGCCAGUUGUGUCGACUUCAGAUCAGGAACCUGAUUGGCCGAUCCAGGCUGAAACUGCUCCCCCUCCUUCCUCUCCCAACCCUGCUCACUGACUACCUGGAGCACGUAUAGGAUGACGGGCACUUAUGCAGCAUGACAGGGAAAAGCAGAUGACAUUUUUUUUAUAUUUAAAAUGUCGAUGUGCCAAGCCCCUUACUAACCAAUUUAUGCCAACAGACAUCACACUGUUUUAAACUGUAUGGCUGAGUUUGGCUUCUAUAAUGUAACUACACCCAAAUGCACUGAAGAUUCACUCUGCUGCAAGCUAUACUCCAGGAACAUAGUGCAUGAUGUUGCCAUAAUUGGUUUAUUUGAAAAGUGUAUUCAUCAGAACUUGCUUUUCCCCUGACAUGAAUGAUGGUGACCCACACUUUAAAAAAAUAAUUGGGUAACCACAAUGUAAUUUUGUAAAUGUUCCGGCCUGCAUGAAUAUGUAAAUAUAAAUAAAUAAUCCCACUGACCUGUC